CAGUGCGACUCGGAAUCAAAGAAAGUGUAGCUAGCUAGCCAAAAAGAAACUUGUUGCAACAAAAGUUGAUCAGAUCCCAGACAACAAUGAUGACAAACAGUGGGUACCCUUUGGAGUGGUUUGCGGAACCUAUAGACGCCUACCUAGUCUGUGGUAUUUGUGGUAAUGUUCUCAAAGAUCCAAGGGCGACUGCUUGCGGUCAUGUAUUCUGCCGCAAGUGUAUUCAUGCAUGGAUAGACGAGUACGGAGUUUGUCCAGCUAGAUGCGGGGAAGUUGAGGUUGAAGCGUUGCAUAGGGCGUCUCAUAUUGACAAACAGAUUUCCUGUCUGAUAACCAGUUGCAAGUAUACUAAAGUCGGCUGCAAAGCUAUUCUCAAACUUGCAGAUAAAGAGUUGCAUGAGCUAACUUGUCACUACUCUAAAAAAUUGUCAAUUCUUGGAAAAACUCGCAGCUUUUCAAUCUUCAACUUCAGUUUGUCUCAACCUGAGGAAGCAUCCCAUUCCAAGUCAAAAAACAGGCACCAUUUGUUGUCAGGAAUUGUAAGUGAGAGUGAGAAGGACAAAAGAUCCACUGCACAACGUUCCAAACUAGUAAAGCAACGCAAAUCAAACAGCAGCUUUGGAUUUGGAGGGUUGAAGUUAUCUGGACUCACUAAGAAAUCUCCUUCUGUUGUCAACAAGCCUAUAACAGUUCCAAAGCCAAUGAGAAUGCAGUCCCAGCAUACUUAUCGUUUGAAGAGAACAAAGCCAAGAGAGUCUUUGGGGCUCGUACUGGGUUCUGGAGAAAAGACACCAGACGGGACGCCAACCAGUUUCUAUGUGAAAGGGGUAAAUAAAGACAGUCUAGCCUGGAAAGCGGGAUUGAAACCCGGAGACAGAAUUGUGCAGGUUGACUACUACAACCUCACUGCCAUCCCUCCACAAGAAGCUGUCGCUCGCAUUAAGGACAAGCAACUGGUCACCUUGACGAUCCUUCGCGGGCUUGUACCCCCCUCAAAACAGACAGAGGUCUCUCAAGACCACAUCUACGAUGAAAUAAUGUACGCUGAUCAGCAACUGAGUCAAAAUCUCUCCCAGCAAGACGACUUUUCUCAAUUCAUAACUACCGGAAUCUUGAGAGAGAACUUUCCAACUGGUAGCCAUAGACCAAGAGCUGGGCAAGUAUCUGAAAGAGACUUGCUGAAAACGAAACAAAGAGCUUUUUCGUCUAGUGAACCACAGCAUAUCGAAUACCCCAUUGUGAAUUCUAACACCACUCACCCUGGAGAGAAAGGCAGUAAGGACAGUGGACUAUCCAGUGGAAGCAGUAACUCACCCGAGCACCAGAAAGACAAAAUGAGAAUGUUCAAGGAACAAGAGGAAGUGGUGGAAUUUACAGAAGACGUCCCAUUUGAGCGGCUGUCUAACUUGCGACAGUCUUAUCGGACAGAGAAAGAAAUGCUCAAGAAUUUCUUGAAAUCACGCAAGAAGGAAGAGUCUGAUAAUGUUUUUGUGGGUACGAGUAAAGCUGACACUAGAAGUAACUGUAGGAUUGAGGGAGAAUAUGAAGUAGAGGACAUCUACCUACAGAAGAAUGGUACCAGCCAGUUGGGAGUUACUCUAGGGUACGACACAAAGACAGCCAAAGGAUAUCUCUAUGUUUGUGAGAUUCUUCCCACUGGUCUGGCAUAUCAAGAUGGCCGGCUGAAGUGUGGAGACAUUAUCAGAAGGGUGAAUGGAUUUGAAGUGCAUGAUCCAGAGGAAGCCAUUCUGCUCUUCUUGGAACAGGAUCAAGAUAUCACCCUGAGUGUGGCUAGGAAAAUAAAGGCUGUUUCAAAUCGUCUGAUUCUAUCAAACCAAAGUACGAUACAACCAACUGUCGAGCACACUUACGCCGUUCUCGAAGAGAAGGUUAACGGUAACAACACCCCACUACGAAGGAUCGACAGCUGUGGCUCUCUCGAUUCACGCAGUCACAAAUAUGCCCAAGGCCACAACAAGGUAGCACAGUUAGAGGACUCUAACAAGCAUGCCCAGAAGGUGCCCGUGACGACACAGCUGGAGACCGAUGCCGAGCAUACACCCAUGACAGCAUCGAUGAUUAAAGUGAACGAGGCAGGCUAUGAAUACAUGUGCUCCUCCAACCGUCGGUCGUCUAACGAAUCUCCUCAUCAGCUCACAAUCAGUAGCUCCUCUCGGAGCACUAGUCGCUCACCACCUAGAAACUUGUCUCCCCUCUGUUACAGUGCCGGACAGGGUCCUCGUGCGACCUCCCCGCACUCACAGCACUUGCAGUGCACACCCACGCAAUCCGCCCCCUUACCACUACGACGCACCCCCUCACCUGAGGCGUAUCACCGUAUGCGGCCGAGGUUCCCGUCGCAAGAGUACCUGGCACAUGUGGCCGUCAGCAGACAGCCUAAAAACUUGGUGGCUGAUAAUAGGCAUCGAAUAAAUAGAGUGAAUUACGAGCACAAGAUUAUCAGUCCCACCACGUCAGGGGAGGGUAUAAAGAAAGCCGUGAGUUUUAGAACUGUGAACCAAGUGAAGACUUGCAAAAUAGCUACGAGAUGUGACUCUGAUGAUUUCGUUAUUCAUAGAAGUGAGAGCCUAGUGUAAUUGUCUUUUGUUCUUCAUCCAUCAUUUUGUGUUGAAAUCACCAUAAUUAUUUACAUAUCUCAUACACGUACCGCUAUUGUGUUUUGUUCUGUCGAGUGCCAUAUAAUUAUAAUAUGCUUUUAACUGUUAA